AUGACUACCCAAAUCGCCGACAACCUCCCCUGGGACCCCAACAGUACACAUUUCCCCUCUCGAAAGGAACUCCCCAAGAUCCCGGGAGCGCCGGAAGGUGCAGCCUGGGUGUGGGGGAAGGAUGACGAGAUAGGACGUCUGAACCUGCUCACCCCGGCUAGAGUCAAAGCCGCCGCCGCGGAGAUUCAGACCGGCGAGAUGUUUCGCCUGGAUCUUCCGGUGCACGUCCCCGAGACACCGGCUUUCGGACGCGAAACCUUCCAGCACAGUAUCAAAACGCUGGUUAAGGACGUCGCGUACGACGAUAUCUAUACUAUGAACACGCAGAGCGGGACUCAAUGGGAUGGAUUUCGCCAUUUCUCCCACAUUGACACCAAAUUGUUCUACAACGGAACAACCUCCACCGACAUCGAACCCGGCCCCAACUGCACCACUCGAGGCAGUAUCCACCACUGGGCCGCCCACGGCAUCGCCGCGCGCGCCAUCCUGCUCGACUACCGCCACUACGCCCACACCCAGAACAUCCAGUACGACCCGAACACGCGGCACCCGAUCAGCAUGGCCGACCUGCACGCCUGCGCCAAAUCACAAGGCCUCGAUCUCCGGCCCGCCGCGCAAGGUGGCGACGUGCGCAUCGGUGACAUCCUCCUCGUCCGCUCCGGCUUCGUCGAGCACUACCACCAGCUCUCCUCCGCGGAGCGUCAUGCGGCUGCCACCCGCGCCCACGAAGACCUGGCCUGGGCCGGCCUGAACCAGGAAGAGGAGGUCUUGGACUGGUUGCAUGACUGCUAUUUUGCGGCUGUGGCGGGCGAUUCGCCAACGUUUGAGGCUUGGCCGCCGGUCAAGGAGAACGAGUUUAUUCAUCAGAAUAUUUUGGCGCUUUGGGGUAUGCCGCUGGGUGAGAUGUGGGAUUUGGAGAGUCUUGCGAAAAGGUGUAGGGAGGUGGGCAGGUGGACGGUGUUUUUGACCAGUGCGCCGGCUAAUGUUGUUGGGGGCAUUGGGUCGCAUGCUAAUGCUACGGCUAUUUUGUAG